GGCCGGGGCAGGAGGCGGCGGCACAAAGGCCGAGGCGCGCUGUGGCUGGCCGGGGUGACGAUCAGCCUCGGCAAGCGCUUCCAAGCGGGACCCUCCGGCGCUCUCCCGGGCACCUCGCAGAGGAUAGUCUGGGCUAGUCUGGAUGCCCUCUUUCCCCGCCACCUCCGCUUCACUUCGCUCCCCUUCAGUCCUGCUCCUCGCUGCUGCUGCUGCUGCUGCUCCCAGUUCCCACGCCCAGCUUAUGCUCCUGGCGCUGUCCCUUGAGUUUAGCGAUGCCCUUUCUUUUGGCAGAACUGAGCCUGCUGGCACUGCUGCUGGCUUUGGUGCCCAUCCCAGGGUUGGCAGGGCCAGUUAGCACUUGCGAUGCCAAUGAUAGCCUCUACUACGUGGGCGAGUGGUAUUUCCUGGACAGUGACCACUGCACCCAGUGUGAGUGCACGACCGAAGGACCAGCCUGUGCCCGCACUGAGUGCACCACCCUGCCACCUGCCUGCAUCCACGUCAGCCACUACCCCAGUGACUGCUGCCCACGCUGCGAACGUGUUGGCUGUGAGCACCGUGGACAGGUUUAUGAGCUGGGACAGCACUUCCAGCCAUCAGAGUGCGAACAAUGUACCUGUGACCCAGAUGGCAUCGCUCGCUGCCUAGUGGCAGACUGUGCCCCUCCACCCUGUGUCAAUCCCAUCUAUGAGAAGGGCCACUGCUGCCCCACCUGCAAAGACGGGCCAAACUGCUAUGUGGAUGGGAGCCAGCACCGUGUUAUCCCUGCUGGAGAGGGCAUCUGGGUAGGGCCCUGCACACGUUGCCGCUGUCAUGAUGGCCAGGAUGCUGGCUACUGGGAAGGAAACCGGGUUGCCAAGUGUGAGCGGCUACGGGGAUGCCGGGCUACUUCUAGACACCACACUUAACUCCUUCCAACACCCAGCAAUUCGUAAAACCACCUUCCCUUACUUCCUUUAAGCCUCCAGUUGUGCAAACAAUGCCCUCAUCUGUUCCCACCCUCAGCUCAGUCCUAACUUAUCCACCCCAAUCACAUCCCCAGGCAAGGAGCAAUCCCACUUCAUAAUCCAGACCUGCUCCUUUGUUCCCGUAUCAAUCCAGAGCUACUAUACACGGGGCUAGUCCACAGGACAAGCUCAACAUAGCCAAUCCUCUUUGGUUUUUCCUUUCUUGGGAACUUCCCUCACUCAACCCUCCCCCAAUCCUCACAGGCUUGCUAUCAGUUCCACUCCAGGCCUGUCCAGACACAGUACCAUUUGCAGGCCUCUCCACUAUUUAACUGACUCACCUGUAUGUAAUUCUGGAACAUGUGACAAUAAAGGAUCCUUACAAAAUA